AUGCUGACAAGAGAGAGGUUGUCGGUCAUUGGCCUAGCAGAAGAGUAUAAAAGAGAUUACAAAAAGUCAGUGCUGUCGGUCAGACUCGUCUUUCAGGAUGUGGUCCGCGUGAUUUUCCCUGUGCGUGGUUGGAGACGAUGUAAGAGUUGGAUUCUAAUCGAUGUCACAGGCAUUCUUGUUGUCAGUUUCUAUCCAGUUUAUCUGAAUGACAUUAUGAGGAAUGCCACGGACGGAGAGGAGCUACGCUACGUUCGUGCCUGGAAGUGUCAAGUUUCUGUGGGUGAAUUAUACCGUUGGAUACUAGCCAAGUUAUCCGACAAGGACAUCAAACGAGCCCUUCACAAGUAUCGGGAUCUGAUGCCUAGGCAGUCAGAUUGGAAUCGGAAGCUCACCCAGGCUACUAGCAUGCCCGAACUGGGUUUCCGUUAUCUUUAUCGUUGCGGCCAAAUUGAUGAAAGCAACCACAGAACGAUGCAGAAGAUGUUAAAGUAUAUUGAUCGUCAGGAUGUUCUUCCUUAUUUUGACACAAUUUUAUAUAACACAAAUUACGCCAACUGCUCAAUAAAGGAACUUCAGAAGGUGUUGUUGGACAAAGUGGAUGUGUUUUUGCGACUGUCCUCGACACUUACUGAAGACGAAGUCCAUCCAGAACCUCCUUAUGAAAUACAACAAUGUCAGUCCUUAGACUCUCAGAGGGUGACACGAUCAAGGUCAAAGCGAAAGUCCGAUCUGUUCUUGGCACGGUGUUGCACUGUCGCUAAACGCGUGCGUCAGAACGCGUCAGGAUCCACUGGCAGCUCCAAUCCCGAAGAUGACCUCAAUCAACAGAAUCCAUUCCACUCAGCCUCCAGCUAUUGCAAUAAGGUCCGCUCUGCACUUGUUGCAACUGCUCUGAAUGGCCCGGUCGUUCACACAAUGUUGUACUCAUCACUACUUAGUAUGCUGGCUUUACGUCCUGCUCUUGAUCAGUCUCUUGAUUCUACGUUUAUCGCCGACCCAUCACGUCCUCAGUUCUCCGGAAACAGAUCAGAAUCUCCGUUGUCACCAAGUGUCUUUUCUCCUUUGCUCCAGCUCCUUACUGUUGCUGGUCUUAACCUGUUUAGCUUACCUAGUCUGUCUAUCCCCACUGGAUUAACUAUUCCAAGACCUCAGUCCCGUAGACGCCACUCCCCCGGACAGCAUCGGAACGAAAAUAGUGUUCCCCAUCACCCCGUAAACAACAAUUUCUCCGGGCAUCCGGAUAAUAGAAAUGUUCCGAUUGUCAUUGCUCCUGGCCCAGUUCCUCAACCUGGUGGUGCUGUUCUUGUUCCCGGUAUACAGAAUAACCCGCUUCCUCCAUUCGCCUUUGGUGACCGGCCUAACCUUUUACCUUUCGUUGGCCCUCCAGCCAAUAUGGUGGGUAUAGCUGAUCCGGUUGCGGCGCUUCCUCGUUUCGCCCAGCCUGCAACUGGCCCACUGCAACUAAAACAAAUCAUUCUGUCUGCAGGCGGAGUCGGUAUACCCGCUUCCCUCGGUGAUACUGUCAUCAAAUUCUACUGCAGUAUCAAGUUGCGCAUAACCGUGGACCUUGGGCCGUCAACAGAAGUGCUGCGGCGCAUUCAAACUGAUCGCCAAGAACCUUUUGAACAACAGAUUCACCGUUUUGUACAAGCUUCAAAUUUGUUGAGCGCGCAGGCUCCUGGGGAUUUCAUCUGUCAUCUCCGAUUCACGCAGUUGGGGCAACUGGAAGCAUUCUGGGCGGACUACCAAUCAGGAAAUUUAAAAAAGAUCCUCAUGGACAUGCUAUUAGCUCCAAAGUCACGAAGUUUUGUUGGUCAGCCCCUCUGUUCACCGCAAGUUCAACCUCCAGAUAACGUGACGGACACCGAUGCGUCUUCAGUUCUGAAUUUGAUUCCUCCCGCGGUUUUACCGGCAUGGAUGCGUGCCCGACAGUUUGACCCAGGAAAUGCUACUGCUAAUCCUCUCAACGCAGCUAAUUCGUGGCUAUUGCCUCCAACUGUUGCCGGAACUUCGAAUUCUCUCCCAAGAGAUAACAAAUGUUUGCGCAGUGGAUCGAAUUCUCCUGACAGAUCUGUUAUGGACGUAUUGCUGGGUGGUGUAAUUGAAGCACUGCGUCUUCGACAAUUUAAUUCACCCAAUCCCUACCGUACACUUCCUCCCAGGUUUGAUUUACACUUGUUUGCAUCUCGUCGGGAAUAUGAAAACGGUCGCUGUCUUUUGAUGCGCAAUCUACGAUCUAUCCCAAGCUUAUGUAAUUUAGUCGCCGCGUCUAGUUUAUUACCGAAUUCCUUGGAUCCAACUUCGUCAGCCGCCGAAACGAGCAGUCCGUUGAGUUCAUCCAUGGGGAAUGCAACCUCAUCAUUAGCAUCUCCAGUUGUUUAAUACUUACAACCCUAGGAACGCACUCUCUUCUGAUGUUACGAUCUUUGCACUGUGCACUGUCUUACCAGUUCAUUCACCUGUGGUCUUUCGCUUUUCUUGCUUUUUUUGGGGGACGGUGCCUGUACGAUUUUUGUGAACUGGGCUCUCUUAUCUGUCCUCUUGCUCUUCCGGGGUUCGAUGGGUGAGUGGGUUGUCUGCUUCCACGAGCCUUUUUU